AUGUCUGAAGACGCAUCAAAAAUACGUAGAGGUUCUGCAGCAGCAGUUGCAAUUGAACGACAAGGAUCAACCUCGAAUCUACGUUCAUCGUCAUUUACAACGGAGAAUAAUCAACAACGGACUAUGUCAACAACCGAAAUCGAUCUUGAAGCGGUUCUUCAAGUUCGUCGACGUGGAUUAUCAAAUGCAGGUCUUCAGCCAACUCUAGAUUCCCAUCGUUAUACUGAUAUAAUCAUUUUAAAAACUGAAAGAUCUAAUGAUAUUACCAAAGAGGAUGCACGAUGUGUAUUUCAUGGAGAUUAUCAUAUCUUAAGCGAUAUCUUUCAAAAAUAUACAUCACAUAUUAAAAUUCAUCAUGAUGAUCCUGAAAUGGUUAAAAAUCAUGAUCGUCUAUCUGGAAAGAUUUAUACAACAGUCGAAUUACCAACAAUGUCAUUCAUUGAAGCAUUAGAAAUUUUGCAUAAACAUUAUUUUACAAUUGUGGCUAAUUCAACAAAUUUUGGACCAGCAACGAAAUUACAAGAAUUUAUUUUAUCACGAAAUAAAGACACACAGGAUAAUCCUCGUUCAUUACCAAUAAUUGAUACAAAAACUCGAUAA